AUGGCGGCGGAUGCUCUGAGAAUCUCGAGUUCUAGUUCUGGCUCGUUGGUUUGUAAUCUAAAUGGGUCACAGAGAAGGCCUGUUCUUAUUCCUCUGUCUCAUCGUCCUACCUUUCUGGGUCUUCCUCCUCGAGCUUCAUCUUCUUCGAUUGCCUCUUCUCUUCCUCAUCUUCUGGGUAAAGCUCGUAUUGGUCUUGGUUCUUCGAAGCUAUCACACCGGAAAAAACAAUUCUCCGUCUUCGCUGUUGCCGAAGGAGACGCGAAGCGAGCUGUGCCGCUUAAAGACUACAGAAACAUUGGUAUUAUGGCUCACAUAGACGCCGGAAAAACCACAACAACCGAGAGGAUUCUCUACUACACAGGACGAAACUACAAGAUCGGCGAAGUGCACGAAGGAACAGCCACAAUGGAUUGGAUGGAACAAGAGCAAGAAAGAGGAAUCACCAUUACUUCAGCUGCAACCACAACGUUCUGGGACAAACACAGAAUCAACAUCAUCGAUACCCCUGGACACGUCGAUUUCACUCUUGAGGUCGAACGUGCUCUUCGAGUUCUCGACGGAGCUAUAUGCUUAUUCGACAGUGUUGCUGGCGUCGAGCCUCAGUCCGAGACUGUGUGGAGACAAGCUGAUAAAUACGGUGUGCCUCGGAUCUGCUUCGUGAACAAGAUGGACCGUCUUGGAGCUAACUUUUUCAGGACUAGAGACAUGAUUGUGUCCAACUUGGGUGCUAAGCCAUUGGUGCUUCAGUUACCUAUUGGUGCUGAGGAUGUCUUCAAAGGUGUUAUUGAUCUUGUGAGGAUGAAAGCUAUAGUUUGGUCAGGAGAAGAGCUCGGUGCUAAGUUCAGUUACGAGGAUAUUCCAGAGGAUCUUGAAGAUUUGGCUCAAGAGUAUCGGGCGGCGAUGAUGGAGCUGAUUGUUGAUUUGGAUGAUGAGGUCAUGGAGAACUAUUUGGAAGGAGUUGAGCCUGACGAGGCCACGGUGAAGAGAUUGGUUAGAAAAGGAACCAUCACAGGGAAGUUUGUGCCUAUUCUGUGUGGUUCAGCCUUCAAGAACAAAGGUGUGCAGCCAUUGCUUGAUGCUGUGGUUGAUUAUCUGCCUUCGCCGGUUGAAGUUCCUCCGAUGAACGGAACAGAUCCCGAGAACCCGGAGAUUAACAUUAUACGGAAACCAGAUGAUGACGAGCCAUUCGCUGGUUUAGCAUUCAAGAUCAUGAGUGAUCCUUUCGUUGGUUCUCUUACCUUUGUGAGAGUUUACUCAGGGAAACUCACAGCUGGUUCCUACGUGCUGAAUGCUAACAAAGGGAAGAAGGAGAGAAUAGGGAGACUCUUGGAGAUGCACGCAAACAGCAGAGAAGAUGUUAAAGUGGCUUUAACAGGCGACAUUGUGGCUCUUGCGGGUCUUAAAGACACAAUCACUGGUGAAACCUUGAGUGAUCCUGAAAACCCUGUGGUCCUUGAGCGUAUGGACUUCCCUGAUCCCGUCAUCAAGGUAGCGAUUGAGCCGAAAACGAAAGCAGACAUUGAUAAAAUGGCCACGGGACUGAUCAAGCUCGCUCAAGAAGACCCGUCUUUCCAUUUCUCCCGUGAUGAAGAGAUGAACCAAACCGUCAUUGAAGGAAUGGGAGAGCUUCAUCUCGAGAUCAUCGUUGACAGACUUAAAAGAGAGUUCAAGGUUGAGGCUAACGUUGGUGCACCGCAAGUGAACUACCGUGAGAGUAUCUCCAAGAUAGCCGAAGUGAAAUACACACACAAGAAGCAAUCAGGUGGACAAGGUCAGUUUGCUGAUAUCACUGUCCGGUUUGAGCCAUUGGAAGCAGGAUCAGGGUACGAGUUCAAGAGUGAGAUCAAAGGAGGAGCAGUGCCAAGAGAGUAUAUCCCCGGUGUCAUGAAAGGGCUUGAGGAGUGUAUGAGCUCCGGUGUGCUCGCGGGUUUUCCGGUUGUUGAUGUCCGUGCUUGUCUAGUCGACGGAUCUUACCAUGAUGUGGACUCGAGCGUGUUAGCUUUCCAGCUUGCUGCAAGAGGAGCUUUCCGUGAAGGGAUGAGGAAAGCUGGACCGAGAAUGCUUGAGCCAAUCAUGAGAGUUGAAGUUGUUACACCAGAAGAACAUCUUGGUGAUGUCAUUGGUGAUCUUAACUCUAGAAGAGGACAGAUCAACAGCUUUGGAGACAAACCUGGUGGUCUCAAGGUGGUGGAUUCUCUGGUUCCACUUGCAGAGAUGUUUCAGUAUGUGAGUACGUUGAGAGGGAUGACUAAAGGUCGUGCUUCUUACACAAUGCAAUUGGCUAAGUUCGAUGUUGUUCCUCAGCAUAUUCAGAACCAGCUUUCGUCCAAGGAUCAGGAAGUUGCUGCUUAA